CACUCGCUUUGCAGGGGAGUAAUGGUAAAGAGACUAACAAUAUCGAGGCAUGAAAGGCAUGAAAGGCAUCAAAGGUAGGACAACUUCCGGCAGACCUGCCACAAUCGAGCGCGAGCUGCGAUGAUUGUCCCCUCACAUCUUAUGAGCCUCGGUCGCUUCGGUAUCGGGAACCUCAGUGCCCCAAUGCCGCGGCCGCUGGGACGGAGCCACGAUCCCCAGAUAAAGCCUGCACCAAGAUGCGUUGAAGCCCUUCGGUGAAGAUAUAUGCCUCAGUGGCCCUGAACACCACGGUUGUCGCUCAAUCAGUGCACAAGCCAAGAUGACUGCCAGUCCACCUCUGACGGGCGUCCGCGUCCUCGAACUCGCUGGCCUAGCUCCAGGCCCCUUUUGUGGUCUGCUCCUCGCAAACUGGGGCGCCAACGUCCUGCGCGUCGAUCGUCCGAGCCCAGUCUCAAGCAGUGACCUCCUGACCAGCUGGAAACGUUCCAUCGCCUUGGACCUGAAGAACCCCUCCUCCGUCGCCGUCUUCCUGUCUCUGGUCUCCAUUGUCGACGUCCUCAUCGACCCUUUCCGCCCCGGUGUGUUGGAGAAGCUUGGUCUAGAUCCCGAGACCGUCCUGCUCAAGAAAAACCCCCGCCUCAUCGUAGUCCGACUGACCGGGUUCCGUCGCGAUGGGAAAUACUCUGCCAUGGCUGGCCACGACAUCAACUACCUCGCCGUGUCCGGGGUGCUCUCUAUGCUCGGCGCGAGGGGCUCUCCACCUGCGCAUCCGGCCAACAUCCUCGCAGACUUCGCCGGCGGAGGCCACGCAGCAUUCACCGGUGUCCUUCUGGCGCUGAUCCACCGCGCAACCAGCGGGAAAGGACAAGUCGUGGAGGCAAACAUGGUCGACGGCGUCAGUUUCCUCGGCACGUUUCCUCGGCUGUUGACGAAGAUGCCCAUGUGGAAUGGCGAGCGGGGCACCAACACACUAGACGGGGGAGCUCCAUAUUACGGGUGCUAUGAGUGCAAGGACGCGGGCAAGUACAUGUCCGUGGGUGCGCUGGAACCCCAGUUCUGGCAGGAGCUGCUGAAGGGGCUGGGUCUCACCGAGGAAGAGGUCGUGCCGGGCAAGCUGGAUCGGCUGGACAAGCGCGCGUGGCCGUACAUGCGCGAGCUGUUCACGAAGCGGUUCCGGGAGAAGACGCGCAAGGAGUGGGAGGCCAUCUUCGACGGCACGGAUGCGUGCUGUGCGCCCGUGCUCGAGCACGCCGAGAUGGAGGCCGCCGGGUACGAUCACCGGCCCAUCGUGGGGCUGACUUCGUCGCCAGCCCGCAAGGUCGAGAUGCAGUGGGACGGCAAGGCGUUGAAGCCCGGCGAAGGCGGCGAGCAGGCCUUGAGAGACUGGAUGGGCUGGAGCAACGGAAAAGAUUACGCGAUAUCGGCCAGCGGUUGCUUCGAGAAGAGAGAAAAGAGUAAGUUGUAGAUCAUCUCCCCCUAUAGGACGGGUUUGAGAAUGUGCAUUUCAAUAAGCCUUUCACGUGAGGGGGGGAAAUAUAUAAGGAGCUGUACAAGUGUAUUGCUUUUUGGUUCUAAUCUAAGAAAGACCCGCCCCUUCAUCGGGUCAUUAUUACCUC